AACUUUUGGGUAAGUUCGCUUUCGCCUUGUAACAGCGGAGCAUCGCAGCAGCUGUGGAGUCCUCCCCCCUGCCCAUCGCCGCUACCGCCCUCACCGCGCACCGUCGCUGCCACACCCGCCUAUCGCCAGCACCAGUCGCGCUGUCUGCCGUGCGACCUCUCGCUUGCCCGGCGGCCCUGCGUGCCUCCCGCGGGCGCGCUUCAUGCGCGCGCCUCUCGUCGCCCUUCGCCCGCGCCCCUCCCUCUCUCCGCUUCACCCGCCGCGUGCGCCACCAGCUCUCGAAUCCCCGCCUCCUCCCCUCAACUUCCCCACACAACUCCUCCCGCCGAGCCUCCCGCAUUAGUAGUUCCCGCCGUGCUGUGCGGUCUGGGCAGGCGCGUGCUUUCCUCGCGCUUCUCGCCCCCUUGUUCGCCGCCCUCGGCGCGGCCUUCGCUGCCGUCUCCACCACCCUCGCCGCGCUGCCGGUUACUCUGACGGCCACCUCCGUUGUUACAACCGCCUUUGCAGCGAGCGCGGCAGCUGUGUCGUUGGUGCUCCCGCUGGUGCUGGGCGCGGUGGGCACAGUGGGAGUGGUGUCCGUGGGUGUGCUGUGGCCGCUGCUGGACCGCCUCCUGUGCCUCGCGCUGCUCCUCAACUUCGCCGCGGGCGUGCUGAGCCUCGCCAGGGACUCGUACAGGCUGGGCCACGCGCGGCACCGCACCCUGCAGGACCCAACGCUGGUGAGAAUAUGGGCCGCGGAGAGGUACCAGGACGCGUACGACCGUGGAACCUCCGAGGACGAAUACAGCAGCAGCAGCAGCAGCAGCAGGGGCAGUGUGAGAGGCAGUAGUGGGGAGGGUAGCAGAAGGGGCAAGAGCAUUGUAGCUGGCGUGCGGGAGUUUUUUCUGGAGGCAGGCGACCCUCGGUUCGACUGGUUCGUGGCUGGAGUGGUGAGCUUGAUCCCCGGCGUCAACGGCACCGCAUGGCUGCUCGCCUCGUGGCACUCCUCGCCCUUCCUCUCUCCCGGCCACAGGCGCCACAUGGCCAAGAACGCUGCAGCCUACAGCCUGCCCAGCCUCGCCUCCCUCCUCGUCUUCGCCCUAGGCUUCCCCUCCCCCACCUCCCUCCUCUCGCCCUUCUCUUCCCUCACCUCCUUCCUUCUCUCGCCAUUCAGCCAAUCAAUGGUCGCCACUGCAGCAGGAUCAGCAGCCGCUGGAGCGGUGGCAGCAUUAGGCGGGGUGUCGGUGGUGGGGUAUGGCAGCAGCAGUGCGUGGUGGGUGAGCAUGGUGCUGGGGGCGGUGCACCUGCAGCUAGAGCGAGUGAGGGCCGUGAGCAUGCAGGAGAGCAGAGAGGUGCUUCGCGCCUUUGGGCGCGGGCUAAAGAGGACGAGAGAGAGGCGACGAGGGUGGAUGAAGGGGAUGAAUUGGUGGGAUGGUCAGGCGGGAGGUGAUGCGGAUGAGGGGGCUGGCAACGAUGGUCGUGCCCGACGCAAUAGCAGUGGCAGCGGCGGGAGCCAGGGUGCUGAUGUGUGGAUGGAGGAAGAGGAGCGGAGGCGGCUGCAGCAGUUUGAUGCGAAGCUCGUGGGGAGGCCUCUGCAGCAAAUGGGCCCGCCGGCAGCAUGGACAACAGACGAUGUGGUAACAUGACUCACAACAGAGGGCUUUGCCUCCUAUGCAUCUGCAUUCCUCCACCACGCUGUCUGCAGCCAGGUGUUGCUGGACCUGAUAGCAGAGGACCUGAGGGAUGAUCUGGGGGUGCGCACUCUAGGUGACAGGAAGAGGCUGCUUUCAGCCAUUGCACAGCUCAAACUGUGGUUUGGCUCAGGGCAAGCAUGAGCGCACGGGUGGUUGGCUGGACAAAUGUCCAGUUGGAGUACCACUCUAAUAACCCGGAUGUAACGCAAUCUCCAGGUCUGAUUACCCUAGGUCCUAUCUAAAAUUCAUAAAAAAUCGUCAAGCUGGACUUUAUAGGAAGGUAGUUAUUAAUGUUGUGAUAUAAUUGAUACUUAGCAUGUAAGUCGAUUAUGUGUAGUUAGUGUCGAAUCAUACUGUAGAAGAUAAG